CACGCCAUCACAUUCAUUUCCUGCACCAUUCGCAGCGUCUUUUGAAAAGAAAGGCGAUCGCACUCCCCAGAAGGCGCCGUCUCAUUCCUAAUGGCCCUGUUAGCGAGAGUGGCCGUGAUCGGAGCAGGCGUCGCUGGCCUCGCUGCCGCCCGCGAGCUCCAUCGGGAAGGCCACCGCGUCGUCGUCCUCGAAAAACGACACAGUCUCGGCGGAACCUGGCUAUACAACUCACGAGUCGACUCCGAUCCGCUCAGCCUCGAUCCUGCCCGCGCCGUCGUCGGCACCAGCCUAUACCACUCUCUCCGCACCAACCUCCCCCGCCAAAUCAUGGGCUUUCUCGAUUAUCCAUUUGCCAAGCGUAUCCAUGGGGACCAAAGAACCUUUCCAGGUCACGAGGAGGUGCUUUGGUUUCUAAACGAGUUCGCCGACGAGUUCCAACUCCGUGAGUUGAUUCGGUUCUGCACCGAGGUCGUCCGAGCGGAGCGAGCUGAGGGGAGGAACGACGAGUGGGUGGUUGAGUCGAGGAGUCGUGGGUCUGAGUCGGCAAAGGUGGUGAGGGAAGUGUAUGACGCUGUGGUCGUUUGUAACGGACACUACACUGAGCCCCAUCUCGUCGAGGUUCCAGGUACGGUUCUUUCUGGUGCGGUGAGUGCAGUUCUACGGUUCUUUUUUGGUGCGGUGAGUGCAGUUCCGGUGUUUUGUAUUGAAAAAUGGCGUGGAUAUCAAAUACAUAGCCACAAUUAUCGCAUUCCUAAACCAUUCACGGGUCAGGUGGUGGUUCUCAUUGGAUUUGGACCUAGUGCUUUUGAUAUCUCUAGAGAUGUGGCGACAGUAGCCAAGGAAGUUCACAUCGCAACAAGAGCCCCUAAUGUAACAGUUGGAAAAUUAGACAACCAUAAAAACAUAUGGCAGCAUGAAAUGAUAGAAUUUGUUGAUGAAGAUGGUAAGGUUGUCUUUCAAGAUGGAUCCUCAGUUCAUGCAGAUACCAUUUUUUACUGUACUGGGUACAAAUACCAUUUUCCAUUUAUUGAAACAAAUGGAAUUGUAACCAUUGACGACAACCGUGUUGGGCCACUGUAUAAACAUGUCUUCCCUCCGCGCUUAGCUCCUUGGCUCUCUUUCAUUGGAAUGCCUAAGCAGGGUACCCCAUUUAUGACAGCCGAGUUACAAUCCAAGUGGUUGGCACAUGUUUUAUCUGGUAAGGCAUUGCUGCCAACAAAAGAGGAGAUGAUGUCUGAUAUCGAAAAAUACUAUCAUCAUAUGGAGGAAACUGGAGUGCCCAAGCGCUUCACCCAUGUCCUUCCCCCCAAUGAGAUUGAGUACAUGAAUUGGCUACUUGCUCAGGUGGGAAUGCCACCAUUGAAGGAGUGGACAGGAAGGAUGUACAAGGAGUGUGCCAUGUUAGCAAAAGCCAAGCGAGAUGGGUACAAGGAUCAAUGGGAUGAUGACUAUUGGGAUGCAGUCAUCGCAUCACAGGUUGAUUCCAUAGUCCCAAAAAACUUGAUAUCUUAG